UGAACUAUGAACCGUAUCCUGACCAAAGUUAUUUUAUUAUUCCACGAAGGUUAAUUUUCUUUAAUUAUCGAGGAUUCGAAAGGAUUAUAUCCUUUCUAGAAUGGACGGAAUAUCAAAUUUCCUGGACCACGGAGGAUGUUUGGAAAAAGUAUUUUUCAGGGAAAACCAAGUAUUACAAGUUCAAUCGUUGAAAAUAGAAUAGAGGAGAUUAAGAAGAGAAAUAUACUUUCAUACUACUAUGAAAUGAGGAAGAAGGGUGUAUUUUAUUAUAACAUAGAGAUAAUGAAAUAUUCGCGCGUAGUUGAAUCAUCAGACUUUCUUUUAACGCGCAAAUGAUAUUUUUUGAUCUGAGGAAUACAAUUUUUAAGUAUCACUGUAAAACUAUUGGUUCAACCGAUUGGUGAUAUGAAGAUGAAUACGUGUACUUAUGAAAACCAGUUUGCAACCAUCGGUAGUGGGGUCUCGUCUCUCAGUUUUCCUUAAACCGACAUCGUUAUCGGACGUAGCCACAAUGAGCUCUCCAUCGACCAUCUCACUUUUUCUUGGAGUUCUAUUAUCCAUUGUACUACAAGGAAAUUCGGCACGAUUCGUUCCUCCGACACCGACCGUAGAACCGCUUUAUCCGAAAGGAUUGCGAAUGUCCAUUCCACAUGAGGAUGGCAUCAGUUUAGUCGCCUACCAUGUGAAAUUCAACGAGGAUUUCGAAGGCCUCGAGGCAGGAACCAUCGCCAGGGACAUCAUAAAAACGCGCAAUGGCCGAUGGGUGUACGAGGAUAAAACCACAAGGUUGAAACGGGGCGACAUCAUUUAUUACUGGAUUCACGUCGUUUAUGAUGGUCUCGGUUACAACUUGCUGGACCAGAGCUACGUGGUGAACACAUUUUACAACGCCGACGGAACACCUGUGGGCAGCGAUGAAGGAAAUACUAUCUCAUGUGCUAAACAAUCUCCGACCAAGGUAUUCGAGUACAAUCAGAAUGAUCUUCAAAUAAAGCCACAAAACAUUUGUCCAGGACAAAUGGUGUUCGAAGAUCAAUUCGACAAGCUUGACACUAAUCGCUGGACGAUCGUAGAGCGCUUCUCUAAUACACCGAACUACGAGUUCGUCGUUUACAUGAACAAUAAGAGCAACGUAGAUGCCUGGGACGGUGUUUUGCAUAUUCGACCGACUCUCACUGAUGAUGUAUUUGGAAACAACUUCAUUCGCGAAGGAAACCUAAAUUUGGAGAAAUGCACGGACGAGAUUGGUACAAAAACCUGCAAGCAGACGGGACACUCGGUUUACAUCCUGCCGCCUAUAAUAUCAGGACGUAUAAAUAGCAAACCGUCCUUCCUCUUUACGUAUGGUCGCAUUGAGAUUCGAGCUAAACUACCACGUGGUGACUGGAUAUAUCCUUUGAUCACAUUAGAAAGCGCAGAGAAGCAAGAUGCUUCAAAAUCAUACCACGAGAUCAUAAUAGCUCAUUCAGCCGGUAAUCCUUCGCUCCAAACGCAAGACGGACAAGAUUUGAGCGGACACGUUCUUAGGGGUGGUGGAUUUAUGAUCACCAGCUCUGAUCACAAUAAACAACAUAAUCUGUGGAGUCUUUCGGCAAAAAAAUCGUCGACACUAUGGUCAGACAGUUAUCACGUUUACGACUUGGUGUGGGAGCCUGGUAAAGUCACGAUUAAAGUCGACAACGAGCAAUAUGGCGAACAACAAUUGCCGACGUCGUUCAAUUCACCGGCUUAUCUGAACUUUGGAAUAGCAGUCGGAGGUCACAUAAUUUUCCCGAAUAUUUGCAACAGUACCAAUUACGAGAAACCUUGGAAAAAUUUAUCACCAAAGGCACUCAACGACUUUUACCAAGCUAAAGACAAGUGGCUAGAGUCAUGGCGAACCGGCGAUAACGGUCUCCACAUUGACUACGUCAAAGUAUGGGCAGUCUAAGGACAGUACU